AUGGCAGUCGCCUGCCCCAUAUGCAACAAGCCCGUCAAAUCAACAGACAUCAACGACCAUCUCGAUUCCGGCUGCACCAGCUUCAUCUUCGACAGCUCCUCGACUCCUCCUCUAGCAACCGCAGCAACCCCUCAGAAUGGCGCAUCGACCGCCCCUCCACAAUCACAGCCCCCGAAGCGCACUGCUUCGAGUUUCUUCUCAACCCCCACACCGAAACGGCAGAUAACCGAUCUCAAAUCCCAGGCGCCACUGUCCGGUAUGGUGUUUCCGCCGCUGGCCGGCAAGAAGAGGCAGAUGGAAGAUGUGGCGGCGGUCAACGGCCACCAUGGCGCAGACGAAGACGGACGGGUAAUGAAAAAGACAAAGACGUCUCGCGCGGCUCCGCUGGCCGAGAGAAUGCGGCCCAAGACGCUGGACGAAGUGUGCGGCCAGGAUCUGGUCGGGCCUGAGGGCGUCCUACGAUCCCUCAUCGAGUCGAACCGCGUGCCGUCCAUGAUCCUCUGGGGAGCGUCUGGCACGGGCAAAACCACCAUCGCUAGGUGUAUCGCCCACAUGGUCGGCAGCCGCUUCAUCGAGCUCAAUGCCACCAGCUCAGGCGUGCAGGAGUGCAAAAAGCUCUUCCUGGAAGCCGCCAACGAACUGCAGCUGACGGGUCGCAAGACAAUCAUCUUCUGCGACGAAAUCCACCGCUUCAACAAGGCCCAGCAGGACAUUUUCCUGCGCCCCGUCGAAGCUGGCACCAUCACCCUGAUUGGCGCCACUACCGAGAACCCGUCGUUUAAAGUCGCCAAUGCGCUGCUGUCGCGAUGCCGCACAUUUACGCUGCAGUCACUCAGCACUGAGGACGUCGUGGCCAUCCUGAGGAGGGCUCGUCAGGCUGAGGAGUCUGUCUACCCCCCUUCGCCUCUUAUUGACGAUGAGAUGAUGGGCUACCUGGCACGCUUUAGUGACGGAGACGCCCGCACAGCACUCAAUCUUCUCGAAUUGGCUCUAUCUCUCACCCUCCGUGAUGGCAUGACCAAGGAGGUUAUGAAGCAGUCCCUCACCAAGACUCUCGUCUACGACCGCGCUGGCGACCAGCAUUACGAUACCAUAUCCGCCUUCCACAAGUCAGUUCGAGGGAACGACCCAGAUGCUGCGUUGUACUACCUCGCCCGCAUGCUCCAAUCUGGCGAGGACCCUCUCUUCAUCGCUCGCCGCAUGGUUGUCAUCGCCUCUGAGGAUGUCGGCCUGGCAGACAACACCCUGCUGACCCUCGCCACGUCCACAUACACGGCAACGCAGCAGAUUGGAUUACCCGAGGCCCGCAUCCCCCUCGCGCACUGCGCUGUUGCUCUCUGCCUCGCACCCAAGAGCACACGCGCAUACCGCGGGCUUAACAAUGCCUUUGCGGCCCUUCGCGAGCCCGGCGUGGCCAGCUUACCUGUGCCGCUGCACCUAAGAAAUGCUCCAACGAGGUUGAUGCGAGAUCUGGGCUGUGGAGCAGAGUACAAGUAUCCGCCUAAUUACAAGGACGGCAAAGUCAAGCAAAAGUAUCUUCCGGAAGAGCUCACUGGCCGCAGGUUUCUGGAGGGGAGAGAUUUGGGGACAGAAGUCGAUCCUGAUUAUGAAGAGGCAGAGGAAAGCAUGAUUCUAUGA